AUGGGGUUGGAGACGUACGGCUCGGGGGGGAGCGGGAGGGGUGUUGGUAUUGAAACUGCCAGGUAUGUGGCGGACGUACCUGAGAACAGCUUUCAACUGCUCCAUCUCCGAACGUCCUCUGAAGCGCACCUUGGACGUGCACAGCUCGGCCCAGAUAUAGCGCAUCGACCACACGUCAACGACGGCCGUGUACCGGGGCGCGCCCAGCGGCAGCUCCGGCGCGCGGUAGUAGAGCGUCACGAGCCCGGGCGUGUGCGCGCGCCGGGCUUCCGUCGGCCAGCGCGCCAGGCCGAAGUCGGCGACCUUGACCCUCUCGAGGUGUCGGACGCGCCCGGCCGGGACGCUCGAUCCCUCCGGCUGGCCCUGGAUGUAUCAGUCGAGGCCCUGGUCCUGGUGCUCCGUGACCAGGUUCAAUGUCCGGCUUUCGAAGUUGUAACACACGUCGAUGAUUUCGACAAGGUUGGGGUGCUUUACUACUUUGAGCGCGCGGAUUUCGCGCAGAACGUUGGAUAUCUAGUCUUUGAGCUCCCUGGGGCCUUCAGUCCGCGUCUAUCCCAUCCCAACUGGGCCUAUGGCAUUGCGGUCAUUAUCUGCGGUAUCCUCGCCACAUCUAUAUCAGCCGUCAGAUCAUACGCACCGAUCAUGGUCGUUCGAGCUUUUCUCAGGUUUGCCGAAGCUUUCGUCCAGACUUGCUUCGGGUUUCUGUCACUGUGGUAUCGACGGGAGCACGAACUCAUCCUCCAACGAACGGCCGCUGUCCAUAACACGCCGGAUGGAAAGCCGCGUUUGUUCCGAGUGUGGUGGGCGCUGAAGGACCCGAAGACCUGGUUGUUUGCAAUGGCGAUUGCCGCCGCAUCUAUGGAUGUCGCCGCUUUAGGGGCAUUCUUGCCAACUUUUAUCCACCAAUUCGAAUUCUGUCCACGUAAAGGCCUUCACAGUUGCGUGUCAUUGACAGAAGCUAACCAAGCGCGAGUGAACACUCAGUUGUAUACCAUUAUACCGUACGUCUCUGCAACGGUGUCUGAGCACGUUGGUCGAUGA